GCAAACAUAAACACAUUGACAGUUGGCUUCUUCAUUACAGCCUCUGCGGUUCCAAUUCAAACAUAUUUGCCUUCUGUCGUGCCAGGAGAUAUCAGGUCUUGUGUUUUUUGUAUUGAUGCUGAGAUG